AUGGUAUCAUCGAUCUUCUCAACAUUAGAUGGGGACUUGAUUCUUUUGAACGAUUCGCAGGCUCUGUACGAUUGCCUUGAUAGAAAGUUCGAUAAGCCGCUACUUCACCGAGCCUCGUUAUCUGGAAAUUCACUCUGUGGUCGCAAACUGACCUUAGAUGCGUUCUGGACGCAUCUACAGGAACAGCCGAACAAGACGAUAGACGUUUACGACUACGCCGUGGUAGAGCCUACUUCGAGAACACGAAGAUUGACAGUCCAGGAAGUAUUGUUGCAUUGGAAGCUCCCAGAGCAGGAGCGACAUGCUAUCAACCUCCUGGAUAUCGAGAACAGAAUCGGGGACUUCUGCCCGAUUGAAAUAGUGCAACAUGAUCUUUACAGCAAAAUAUCUCGCCUAUCCCCGGAUAAUGUUGGAAAGACCAACUCAGACUGGAAAAAUAAUCGAAAAGAAUUCUUCCUCCUCAGUGGCGCAAACACGAUAUCGUCCAUCCACGUGGACAAUGGAGGUCAGCUAAUGUGGAUUCUGAUCCUCGAAGGCCGGAAAAUCUGGUACUUUCCUCGCAAACUGAGCAGCAACGCUGUCCGGUUGUUGGCUGUUAUGGGCUCUCAGUGUCCUCGAGGAUAUGAAGGUUGGGUGCGGGUAGAGCUAUGCGCGGGGGAUCUGUUAAUUAUGCCACCCAGUUGCCCACAUGCAGUGUUUACUCCAGAUGACUGCCUUGCCGUUGGUGGCCAUUUCUAUACGGCCGCACACCUUGGUUCAACCCUCCGCGGGCUUAAACUUCAGGAAGAUUAUCCAGCUAUAUGUAACGAAGACAUACUACCCGACUUCUAUUAUCUUCUCCGUGGCGUCUUUCAGAAAGCGGACAGUGUCAACAUGUCUUUGCAGCAAGCUGAUAUAUUGUCGUCCUCGUCCUUGUUCCUUGAUGCCUUGGAUGAAGCAUCUCUGGCCUCUUUGUUCAGAGCCAAUAGACGGAACGGUAUGUCUCGUGGCACUAUUAACCAGUGCUCCAGAAUUUUGGAACAACUGGAAUCGAGACUGACCAGCCACGGUUGUCUUACGAAAAAACAUGCCCUCUUUGUUACUGCCCUGGAGAGUUUUCAGAAAACAGUUGUGAAGGAUUUGGAGGGCGAGUGA